UUGAUAAAGAUGAGGAUGAAAAAGGUGAAGUAGUGGAUUUCAAUGUUUGUAUUGAAGCCUUCUCUCUCUACCCUAUCCAGUUACUAAGUCAGUUAUCAUCACAAAAUCUAAUUUUGUGAGAAAGAGAGGGAAACCAUCAAAAGGCAUGGAAGUGGGAAUGUCGUUAAACGCACUCGUUCGCCCUCCUCUCUCAAGUUCAGGUUCAAGGUUCCAUGACGACUCGUCGUUCAGCCAUUUUCUAUUUUCCAUUCCCAGACACACUUCCGGAAAAACUCAUCAACGACAACAUGUAUUAGUCGUUGAAGCAAAGGGUAAAAAAGGAAUGAUGUCUCGUCAAUUUCAGCGCCCUCCCCCUCCUCCCUUACCCAAAAUUGAAGACGAUGGUAACCCCAAAUUCGUCAUCUUCAUUCGCAUGGCCAAUGUAUACCUUUGGUACCCUCUUAGUAUUGUAUCGGGUGGCACCACUGCCAAAAUUAUGGUUGCUGCAAAAGAUAAUUUCCUCGGCAAAUAUAUCUACAAAGAUACACUUGACAGAAAUCUUGCUGCUGUUAUCUACAAAGAUGAGAAAGAGAUACAGAAAUCUGCAUUCAAACAACAUCGAACGCUGCGGUCAGCUACUGAAUUCAGAUAUGGCUACAAACUUGUUGAGAAUUAUAACAAUGUAAGAGCUGCACUUUCAACCACUGAUGUUAUUGAGCUUCCUACGCCAGAUAAACUAAAAACUGUACUUGAUAAAGUGAAAGACUUUUUUGGAGAUGCAAAGGAGUCUUUUGGGAAGAUAACAGCAUUAGGCACUACCACUACUGAGGAGGAAGAGGAAGAUUCAAAAGAAAAAUCUAAGUGAGUUUUUACGUCUAGUUGGUCUAAACAAUGACCCUCAGAGAGCUUCAUGCUGUUUGUAGAUUGGUUAAUGUUACUUCUGUUUUGUUCUUAUACCUCACCCAACUUCACAAUUUUAUAUGUUCUGAUGAGUAGUGAUCACUCAUUUAUGUUUUGAUCCGUAAUGCAUUUGGACAUAUAGAUUGUAGGACAUGACCAUAUAAUGGCAUAAUUAUCAGCUCAAGUGAUUCCUGGAACUGUUGUACAAAUUACGUGUUGUAAUAUUCAUGGAUUUUUUUCCACAGGUAUUCAUUUUGUUGAUCAGGAA